AUGUCAGAAGCGGAUGGAAGAAUACGAAAACACACACUUGCUCAGGUGGAACAGCCGAAAUUCGAGGAGGAAAAACAAAAAGCGUUGGACCUGGUGAAGAUGUGCGAAAGUGGGCACUCGCUGCGUCGAGUGAAACGGAAAUUACGACGAGCGAAACAUAUAUCGAUUUUUGAUAAAAAUAUGAACUACUACUCGAGAUUUCUCUACAAUUUAUUGCCGGAUAAAGUGAAAAAUGUUGAAAUCAGCGAUAUUUUGGAGGUUCGACCCGGGUAUCGGACGGAUAUUUUCAUGAAAGCCUCGAGAAAAGAGAAAUUUCGGACAGCUGCACCAGAAGACGUCUGCUUUUCGGUUAUCCUAACGCACACGAAAUUUUUGCGCAAAUCGAUCGAUUUCGUCGCGCCCAGCAAGGAAGUUCGUGAUACAUGGAUAAACGCAUUGACAUUCCUCGUGAAUGCCGAGAAAGCACAGAGAGCGCAAUUCAACGAGAAACAGUGGCUCCUCAAGCAAUUUCACCGGUGCGAUCUCAAUCGAAAUGGCAUUUUAUCGUUUGACGAGAUCUGGGAACUCUUGAAUGAGCUGAAUUUGGAGUUAUCGAAGGAUUACGCGAAAAGUGUCUUUAAGAAAGCUGAUGUAAUCAAAAAGGAUGGUUGUCUAAAUGAGGAGGAAUUCUUGAAAUUCUUUGAAAUUUUGACAGAGCGACCGGAUUUGUUGAACGUUUUGAGAAUGAACAACGCUAACGGUGUGGAGAGUUGGACGGUGAAAGACCUCCAGAAAUUUCUCACUGAAGUGCAACAAUUUCCCGACAUAACCGAAGAAAAGGCAAAAAGCAUUCUGAAGACUUUCGAAGAAGUACAAGAGAAUGGAGAACACGGAGAAGUAAUGGGAGUUGUUGGUGCCCGCCGUUUGCUGCAAUCCCGAUGGGGACACAUCUUGAAGCCGGGUCACGAAGGGAUAUAUCAGGACAUGGAUCAACCAUUGCCUCACUAUUACUGUAACACGUCUCAUAAUACGUAUUUGAUGGCCGGACAAUUGGCGGGUGAUGCAACUGUUGAAGGAUACAUUUAUGCUCUAUUGAAGGGAGCUCGAUUAUUGGAAUUGGACAUUUAUCACGAUGACGAAGAGGGUUUGUUGAUUUAUCACGGGUUCACCCUGGUCAAGCCGUUACAUCUAAAACACGCUCUUGGUGCUAUAAAAAGAAGAGCUUUCGAAGUCUCCCCAUAUCCCGUAAUCCUGACAAUCGAGAAUCACUGCGAUGCGGACAGUCAGAAAACGAUGGCCGAGACGUUUAUUGAGAUUCUCGGCGAUCAGCUCUACAUCCCACCACCGAAUGCCGACGAUCUCCCAUUCCCAUCACCGAAUGAGUUGAAGAAAAAGUUCAUUAUCAGGGGCAAACGUGGAGUGUUUGCCAAACAAGAGGAAGAGAAAGAAGACGAUGAGGAGAAGAAUAAGAUGGCGAAAGCGGAAGCGCUGCCAAAGGUCAAAUCAGUAGCUGAUGCGACACUCUCCUCUCUGAUCGCUCUUCCAUCGGUCAAAGUUGAACCCGAGACCCUGCACGAGGCUUGUAAAAAACAUCCACCAAACAGCUCUCCGUCGCUGACCGAGAAUAAGGCGAUUGCUUUGUGUGAGGAUCAUGCCCAACUCGUCAAGUACACUUCAGAGCACUUUGUGAAAGUUUUUCCAAAGGGUCUCCGGCAGGAUUCCUCAAAUCUUGAGCCGAUGUCUUUGUGGUUGCAAGGAAUUCAGGGAGUUGCGCUGAACUUUCAGACAACUGGGGAAUCUGUUGAUCUAAACGUUGGGAAAUUCCGAGUGAACGGUGGUUGCGGUUACAUUUUGAAGCCAAAGGAGUUACUCGAAGGGAAAGAUUUGAAACAGCUCACGAAGCCAAAGUUGCGAAUCGGAAUCGGUAUCAUCAGUGCACAAUAUUUGCCCAAGCCGAACACCGGCCGGGAUAUCAUCGAUCCAUAUGUGAGAGUGCAAAUUUUUGGAGUCCCACAAGAUGAAUGGAAUGCAAAGACGAAAACGAUUCGAGAUAAUGGCUUCAACCCCGUUUGGAACAAGACCUUCUAUCGGGAACUCGUUUGUCCCGAUGCGGCCAUGCUUAGAUUUGUAGUUAUGGAUUACGAUUCGACGUUCUCUAGCGAUUUCGUUGGCGAGUGCUCAAUUCCGGUGAGAAGUAUUAGAGCGGGCUAUUCAUCGAUUAGAUUGCACACGGGUUACGCGCACACAGUGGACGCCUCGGCCACCCUUUUUGUUUGCAUCGAAAUCGAGGAACUUGAGGAUGAAUUU